GGGGGGGGUUUUGGCAUUGUUGCCGUACGGUGCAGUGACAACCUCCGAGAUGUCUUGGCGUCAUGUGCAUUCCCGUGAACAUUGAUAUCGUCCUCCUCGGACGUCGGCCGUGCGACACAUCUCGUGCGCGGUGUAAGCAUCCAUCACGCACGAAGACCCCAGCACCAUUGGCUUCUCAGACGAGACAAAGGCUCUCAUGCGUCAUGUUCGCGAAAAUGCGAAGCGGGACAACCUCGAUGGGCGCCUCUUACGAGGGUGGAAUGUUUUGCUUUUCCCGUGGCCUCUCCAUCUCAGGGACUCCACAGCAUGCCAGCCCGAUCAGAAGAGACAGACCAACCCUGCACGGACGACGGAAUACAUAUUUUCACAUGGGUAGCGAGGUCAAGUCGAUGUGGGUGGACCGCAGUAUGUACAGGAGCACCACAUGUCAUGCGAUCUGUGUCGCCUUCCUGUCCCGGCGGAGCAGCGAACAAACGAGCACCUCAGGCAGACGAAGACGGAGACAGGGAGGGAGACAGGGAGAUCUCGAUAGGGCAGGCAGGCAACUGAAUUGAUGGGAGUGAUCGCACAAGAGCCAUGCUUCCAAGCCGACGGAGCGGAAUGACGUUGCCCCUACUCUACCCUCUGGCUUGCUGCAUCGACCAACGGAUGCCGCACCACAUGCUGUGGUAUUGUAGGGAUUGUCAUUAAUUUACUGUGCGUACUGUAUGCCGAUCG